AUGAGGGACCGGCAGGGGGAGAGCAGCAGGGGGAGCAGACACCGUGAGAGAGUCAGCGACCAGUCAACGAGCAGCAGCUGGACCAAAGCACGGGGGUCUCAGGAGCAUAACUCGAUGUUUCACCUCCUCUGGAUCCUGCUGCUCCUCUGCAUCCCUGCAGCACACACAGCAAAAUGUCCUCAGCAGUGUAUCUGUGAUCAGAUCCAGCUCACUGUGACCUGCGUCAACAAGAACCUGACCCAAGUUCCUCCUACCGUUGAUGAGAUUACGGUGAAAUUAGAUCUUCGGGGCAACGACAUCCAGGAACUUCCCACAGGAGCUUUCAAACACACUCCGUACCUGACUCACCUGUCCAUGCAGCGCUGCAACAUCCGCAGGGUGAAGGAGGGGGCCUUCAGGGGCCUCGGACGCCUCGUCUUCCUCAACCUGGCCAACAACAACAUAGACAUCCUCUACCAGGAGUCAUUCGACGGCCUGUCCUCGCUGAAGCAGCUCAUGAUCGACCGUAACCGCGUGGAGGAGAUCCAGCCUGGAGCUUUCUCUCAGCUCGGCUUCCUCAACCUGCUCUCCCUCACACACAACCAGCUGGUCUACAUCCCCAACAUGGCCUUCCAGGGCUUGCAGAACAUCAAGUGGCUUCGUCUUAGUCACAACUCUCUGAACUACCUGGACACGGAGGCCUUCGCCGGCCUCUUCACACUCACCCGACUCAGUCUGGACCACAACGAGCUGCAGUUCUUCCCCUCUGAGACCAUGACCAGACUGCCGGAGGUGACGCGCCUCGAUCUGAGCUACAACCCCAUGACGUACCUGGGAGAGGAGGUGGUGUCCAUGGCCAAAGUGACCCACCUCUUCCUGGACCACAUGUCCCUGCAGGACAUGGCCCACACAGCUGUAUCAAAGUCCCCCAGCCUCAUCCACCUGGACAUCAGCCACAACCAGCUACGCGUCAUCCAACCGUUCUCUGAAGGGACUCCCAACAUGGCUCGCCUCAACCUGGCUGGGAACCCCAUCUACUGCAACUGCUACCUGAGACCACUCAGGGAAUGGUCGAUCAGGAACAAGGUGAAGCUGAUGGGGACCUGUGGAGGACCGGCCCACCUGUCCGGGGAGAACCUGGAGGCCGUUUACCCUGCUGAGCUGCGCUGUCAGAGCCAGGAGGCCAUGCUGAAGGCUGAGUUCGAGGAGGCAACCAGGUUAACACCACCACCCACACUAGAGCCAGAGAACAAGGUCAAGUGUCCUGCCAACUGUGUCUGUGAGGCUGAGACACACCACUCCUCCUGUGAGAACCGCGGCCACACCAAAGUUCCUCGGGGUUUCUCCCCCAACACGCGUCUCCUCGACCUGCGUGGCAACCACUUCCACUACAUCCCUAGCAACAGCUUCCCAGGUGUUGCACAGGUCGUGUCUCUGCAUCUGCAGCGCUGCAAGAUCGUGGAGGUGGAAGGCGGAGCUUUCAGCGGGAUGAAGGGACUGAUCUACCUGUACCUGUCGGAGAACGACCUCACUUCCCUCAGCCCGGACGCCUUCAAAGGCCUCCCUCAGCUGACCUACCUCCACCUGGAGAAGAACCGAUUCACCGGUUUCCCCAAAGGAGCCUUCAAACUGGUGCCCAGCCUGCUGGCGCUCCACCUGGAGAACAACUCCAUCUCCAAGCUGGAGCCAGACAUCCUGACCGGAGCUCAGGGCCUCAGGUCCCUCUACCUCACCGGGAACGCCAUCGACCACGUGUCGCCAAGGGCUCUGGAGCAGGCCGGGGACCUCGACACGCUCCACCUGGGAGGAAACAAGCUGAAGGAGGUGCCCACUGAGGCGCUGAACGGAGCGGGGAACCUCAGAGACCUGAGGCUGUCUGGGAACUCCAUCCGCUGGGUGGGGCCCAACGCUUUCCGACCGCUGGUGAGGUCGCUGAAGGAGCUUUAUCUGGACAACAUGGGACUGGAGAAGAUGUCUCAGAGCUCCCUGGCAGGUCUGGGUUCAGGGUUGAGGAGUCUCUUCCUGGAGGGCAACCAGCUGGAGGAGGUACCUGACCUCCAUCCUCUCACUUCUCUGGAGGUCAUCAACCUGGCGGACAACCCUCUGAUGUGUGACUGCCCGCUGCUGCCACUUCGCAUGUGGAUUGAGAAAGUCAACCUGAAGGUACGAGCCACCUGUGCGAACCCCCCCGAGCUGAGGGGUCGCAGGGUGAAAGACGUCCACGUCUUCAGGGCGUGUCCCGGGGGAGAGAGCCUCCCCUCCCCCCCUACAGCCACCCCAAAGCCAGCCAAGGCACCCAAGGCCACCAAACCCAAACCAAUGCACCUCAACGGCCUUCGCCACGUGAAAAUGCUCAAAGUCAAAUCCAAACCUCGCAAAAGCCCGAACACAAAAGCAGCAGCAGCAGCUAAGAAAACCACCAAGAGACGCAGCAUGGCCUGA